AUGGCAAUGCGAGAUUACGCAGGAGAUAAAGAGUCAUUUAAAAACUUCUUCAUAGAUUUUUGCCAAACUGACGAAGAUGGAAAUAAAUAUUUUAAAUAUUCUGAACAGCUAACCAAAGUUGCGCACAGGGAACAGCUAGCUUUUGUUGUAGAUUUAGAUGACUUAUCUGAAAAUAAUGAAGAGCUAUGUGAAGCUGUCCUUAAAAAUACAAGGCGGUAUACCAAUAUGGUGUCCGAUGUUGUUUACGAAAUGUUACCUGAUUAUAAGCACAGAGAGGUUGAAGCUAAGGACGCGCUAGAUGUAUAUAUUGAGCAUAGAAUAAUGUUAGAAUCUAGAAACCAUAGGAUUCCAGGAGAAAUGAGGGAUCCAAGAAAUAGAUACCCACCGGAACUCAUCAGACGAUUUGAAGUUUAUUUCAAAGACUUGUCAACAUCAAAAUCGGUGCCUAUUAGAGGAGUUAAGGCUGAACACAUCGGUAAACUAGUGACUGUCAGAGGUAUAGUAACUCGCUGCACAGAUGUAAAGCCACUGUUGAUUGUUGCUACAUAUUCAUGCAGUGCGUGUGGUGCUGAGACAUAUCAACCGGUUCGCUCACUGCAGUUCACUCCGCCACCGGCUUGCACAGCUGAUGAAUGUCGUCUUAAUAAAACAGCUGGGCAGUUACAUUUGCAAACAAGGGGAUCUAGGUUCCAGAAGUUUCAAGAGAUCAAGAUACAAGAGCAUUCAGAUCAAGUGCCAGUUGGUCACAUCCCACGUCAGCUAUCAGUGUACUGCCGGGGCGAAACGACGCGCCGUGCCCAGCCUGGAGACCACGUCGCUAUUACAGGCAUUUUCCUGCCCCUGCUCAACUCUGGCUUUCGGCAAAUGGUCCAGGGAUUGUUGUCAGACACUUAUUUAGAAGCUCAUGGAGUCACAUGCUUAAACCAAAGUGAUGAGAGUGAGUCGCCAGAAGCUCUGACUGAAGAGGAACUAGCCGAGUUGGCAGUAGAUGACUUGUAUACGCUCAUGGCCCGGAGUCUGGCUCCUGAAAUCUACGGCCAUGAGGAUGUUAAAAAGGCUCUCCUUUUGCUGCUUGUGGGUGGAGUUGAUAGGCGACCAAACGGUAUGAAGAUCCGUGGGAACAUUAACAUCUGCUUGAUGGGAGACCCAGGGGUCGCUAAGUCUCAGUUGCUCAACUACAUAGACCGGCUCGCCCCACGCUCCCAGUAUACCACCGGCCGUGGGUCUUCAGGAGUUGGUCUCACAGCUGCGGUGUUGAAGGAUCCCUUCACCGGUGAAAUGAUGCUCGAGGGUGGCGCACUGGUCCUGGCUGAUCAAGGAGUGUGCUGCAUCGACGAGUUCGACAAGAUGGCCGAGACGGACCGGACUGCUAUACACGAGGUCAUGGAACAGCAGACCAUCAGUAUUGCUAAGGCCGGCAUUAUGACCUGUCUUAACGCCCGUGUAUCAAUUCUGGCGGCCGCCAACCCGGCGUACGGUCGUUAUAACCCGAAGCGAACAAUCGAGCAGAACAUACAACUGCCCGCGGCUUUGCUCUCUCGGUUUGAUCUCCUCUGGCUUAUACAGGACAAGCCUAAUAGGGACAAGGAUUUGGAACUAGCGAAGCACAUAGCGUACGUGCACCAGCACUCGUCUCAGCCGCCGAGCGAGGUGCGCGCUCUGUCCAUGCGACUCGUGCGCAGGUACAUCGCGCUCACUAAGAGGACGCACCCGGCCGUGCCCACCAACCUCACCGACUACAUAGUCUCCUCGUACGUGGAACUGCGCCGAGAAGCGCGCAACAGUCGUGACGUCACAUUCACCUCGGCCCGAAAUCUGCUCGCCAUACUUCGACUCUCUACAGCCUUAGCGAGGCUAAGGUUAUGUAACGAGGUGAUGAAGGAGGACGUCGCGGAAGCCAUCCGGCUCGUGGACAUGUCCAAGCAGUCCUUGCAGCACGUCGAAGACAAUGUACAGAGGGGUGUCAGCGCGACCGACCGCAUCUUCGCCGUGGUGCGUGAGCUAGCCGGCUCCAGCAGUACCGUGAAGAUCGCUGACGUCAUCGAGCGAUGCAUAGACAAGGGCUUCAAACCAGACCAAGUGGACGCGUGUAUCGAAGAGUACGAGAACCUGAAUGUCUGGCAAGUGAACCAAGUGCGGACCAAAAUCACAUUCAUGUGA